CAUUGGACGUCCUCGUUAACGGUUGCCUGUGGUGUUCUGUGCGGACGGCAGCCAUCAAUUUGCAACUAUGCUCUAAACUGCGACCGUGUGCAUAUAGUAGGAAUAUACCCACCCACCCCCAAGCGAUUAUAUAGCAAACUACUCGAACCAAUUUAGCAAAUAAGCAAGCAGCCUAAACCAAAAACAAAAAUCUAAAACCACGUUGAGUGUCAACAAAAAGAUUUCCAUACGAUGAAGCGCAGCAGGCGGAGUCUAAGCUUAGACUGCCGCAUGGCGCGUCUGUUGCUCGCUGGAGCGCUACUCUGCAGCUGUGUGGCAAGCACAUGGGCGGUGCAACGCCAGCCCAUCAACUCGGCCGGUGGACACGAGCUGCGUGGCACAACCUUCUUGCCAGCGCUGGAAUGCUACGAUCUCUAUGGUCGCCCACAGAAAUGUCUGCCCGAGUUCAUCAACGCCGCCUAUCAGCUGCAAAUCGAAUCGACUAACACUUGUGGCGAGCAGGGCGAGAAUAACUUCUGCACACAGACCAUGCAUCCGAAUCAUAAGAACUGCGUCUUCUGUCGCAACGACGAUCAUAGUCCCUCGUUCCUAACGGACUUGCAUGAUCCACAGAAUCCCACGUGGUGGCAAUCGGAGACCAUGUUCGAGGGCAUACAGCAUCCCAAUCACGUCAACUUGACAUUGAAUUUGCGUAAAUCUUAUGACAUUACCUAUGUGCGCAUUCUGUUCCGCUCGCCGCGUCCGGAGUCGUUUACCAUAUACAAGCGCACCUCGGAGAACGGCGCCUGGAUACCCUAUCAGUACUACAGCGCCACCUGUCGCGACACCUACUCCAUGCCGGACUCGCGUGCCAUACGCAAGGGUGAGGGCGAGGCGCACGCGCUCUGCACCAGCGAGUACAGCGACAUUUCCCCGCUGCGCGAUGGUGAAAUUGCCUUCUCCACGCUGGAGGGUCGUCCCAGCGGCAUCAACUUUGAGCGCAGUCUGGAGCUGCAGGAUUGGGUCACUGCCACGGACAUUCGCAUCACUUUGGAUCGCCUGAACACGUUCGGCGACGAAAUCUUCGGCGAUCAGCAAGUGCUCAAGUCAUAUUUCUAUGCCAUCAGCGACAUUGCGGUGGGCGCACGCUGCAAGUGCAACGGCCAUGCCAGCAAGUGUGUGGCAAGCACCGGGAAUGCCAUGGCGGAGCGCACCUUGGUCUGCGAGUGUCGCCACAAUACCGACGGACCCGACUGCGAUCGCUGCCUGCCGCUUUACAACGACGUCAAAUGGAAGCGCGCCACCUCAACGGAAGUCAACGAGUGCAAAGCUUGCAACUGCAACGGAUUUGCGGACAAGUGUUACUUCGAUGCGAGUCUGUAUAAUACGACGGGCCAUGGCGGCCAUUGCUUGGACUGUCGCGACAAUCGUGACGGACCCAACUGCGAGCGCUGCAAGGAGAACUUUUACAUGCGCGACGGCACCAACUGCGUCAACUGCAACUGCGAUGCAGUCGGCUCGCGCUCGCUGCAGUGCAACAGCCAGGGCAAGUGCCAGUGCAAGCCUGGAGUCACUGGCGACAAGUGCGAUCGCUGUGCCAACAACUACUUCCAGUUCGGACCACAUGGAUGCCAGCCCUGCGGCUGCGACGCGCGCGGCUCGCACGACAACACGCCCGCCUGUGAUGCCGAGAGCGGCAUUUGCUUCUGCAAGGAAAACGUCGAGGGCAGACGCUGCAAUGAAUGCAAACCGGGCUUCUUCAAUCUGGACAAGAGCAAUCGGUUUGGCUGCACGCCCUGCUUCUGCUACGGCCACACCUCGGAGUGCCAGACAGCGCCCGGUUACUCCGUUGUCUCGGUCACCUCGAACUUCAACAAGCACAAGGAACGCUGGACUGCCAUUGAUCCGAAUAGCCACGAGGUGGACAUUAAGUACAAUCAAUAUAGCCGCAGCAUUGGCACCACCGCCCAGGGCAAUGAGUUUGUCUACUUCAAGGCGCCGGAUCGCUUCCUGGGCGAUCAACGUGCCAGCUACAAUCGCGACCUGAAGUUCAAGCUGCAGCUGGUGCGCCAGGUGGGCCCCAGCAGCAGCGCCAGCGACGUCAUACUCGAGGGUGCCGGCAGCAAAAUCUCGCUGCCCAUCUUCGCCCAAAGCAACGGCAUACCCGACUCCGAUGUGCGCGAGUACACGUUCCGCCUGCAUGAGCAUCACGACUAUCAGUGGCAGCCCAGUCAGUCGGCGCGUGGCUUCCUCUCCAUAUUGUCCAAUUUGACGGCCAUCAAGAUUCGCGCCACUUACUCGGUGCAGGGCGAGGCCAAUCUCGAUGACGUGGAACUGCAGACGGCGCACAGAGGCGCCGCCGGUCAGCCCGCCACCUGGAUAGAGCAGUGCACCUGCCCCGAAGGCUACCUGGGACAGUUCUGCGAGAGCUGCGCGCCACGCUAUCGUCACAGUCCGGCGCGUGGUGGUCCGUUCAUGCCUUGCAUUCCCUGCGACUGUCAUGGCCAUGCGGACAUCUGCGACUCGGAGACGGGCAGCUGCAUCUGUCAGCACAACACGCAGGGCGACAACUGCGACCAGUGCGCCAAGGGCUACUAUGGCAACGCCUUGGGCGGCACGCCCUACGACUGCAAGCGUUGUCCUUGCCCCAAUGACGGCGCCUGCCUGCAGAUUAAUGGCGAUACGGUGAUAUGCACAGAGUGUCCGGUGGGCUACUUUGGCUCGCGCUGCGAGCAGUGCAGCGAUGGCUUCUAUGGCGAUCCCACGGGUCUGCUGGGUGCGGUGCAAACCUGCAAGAGCUGCGACUGCAACGGCAAUGUGGAUCCCAAUGCGGUGGGCAACUGCAAUCGCACCACGGGCGUCUGCCUGAAGUGCAUACACAAUACGGCGGGCACAUACUGCGAUCAGUGCUUGCCCGGACACUUUGGUGAUCCGCUGGCGUUGCCGCAUGGCAAGUGCGAUCGCUGCAGCUGCUAUGCCGCCGGCACGGAGCAGGAUGAGCAGAGCAUCUCGCGCUGUGAUCAGGUGACGGGUCAAUGCCAGUGCAAGCCAAAUGUCAUUGGACGCGACUGCGGCGAGUGUCAGCCCGGCUACUUCAACAUACGCUCCGGCAAUGGCUGCGAGAACUGUCUAUGUGAUCCCGUGGGCAGUUACAACUCCACCUGCGACAGAUAUACGGGUCAGUGCCAUUGCAAGCCCGGCGUAGUGGGCGUGCGCUGUGAUCAGUGCGAAAACUACUUCUAUGGCUUCUCGGCUGAGGGCUGCAGUGCCUGCGACUGCGAUGAGAGCGGCUCGAAGGGCUUCCAGUGCGACCAGCAUGGCCAGUGUCCGUGCAAUGACAACGUGGAGGGUCGUCGCUGCGAUCGCUGCAAGGAGAACAAGUACGAUCGCCAUCGCGGCUGCGUCGACUGCCCCGACUGCUACAAUCUGGUGCAGGAUGCGGCGGACAUACAUCGCGCCAAGCUGGCCAAUCUGAGCUCCACGCUGGACGAGAUUGCGCGCACACCCGUGACCAACGAUGCGGAGUUCGAGGGCAAACUGAAGGCGGUGCAGGAGAAGGUAGCAGUUCUGGCAAUGGAUGCGCGCAGCGGUUCCGGCUCCGGCGGUCAGACCUAUGUGGAAGUCAUCACUGAUCUGCACAAGCGUCUGGACAGCAUGCGCGAGCAUCUGGCCAGCGCCGAUGCACUGCAGCAGGAUGCUAACGCAGAGAUUGGAAAGGCGAGCGACAAUUACACGCAACUACACCUGAUUAUCGACAAGGCCAAGAAGGAGCUGCAGGAAGCCUUGAAUCUGCUGAGCGACGAGGGUGCGCAGGCCUUGGCUAAGGCCAAGAACAAGUCCAUAGAGUUUGGCGACCAGUCCGACCAGAUCUCCGAUAUAUCACGCGAAGCGCGUGCAAUGGCCGAUCGCUUGGAGUCGGAGGCGCAGUUUGAUCUGAAGAACGCCAAGGAUGCCAAGGACGCAGUGGAGAAGGCGCAUCUGCUGGCCAAGAACGCCAUCGACUUGCAGCAGAAAGUGGGCGUCGAACUGCGCACCGAAGUGCGUACCGAACUGAACAUACAGAAGCAAUCCCUCGGCUCGGUGCUGCAGACCUCCAAGGAGGCGUUGCGCAAGGCCACCGAAGUCUACGACACGGCCCUGACGCUGCUUAGCGACGUCAACAGACUAACGCAGCCAGACAUCGACAUUAACGAGCUCAAGAAGCAGGCAGUGGAUGCAAAUAAUCGCGCCGAUGCGCUGCUCAAGCAGCUCAACGAUCUGGCCGACAACAACAACGAAAUCUUCACAGACUUCGAGCACGAGCGUGAGCUGGCCGUGGUGCUGCUCGAACGCGCUGAUGCACAGAAGACACAAGACAUUGAACUGCUGGAGCGCGCCAAGGCAGCGCAUGAUAGAGCCACCAAGGCUGUGGAGCAGGGCGACAAUACGCUCAAGGAGGCCAAUAGCACGUACAACAAGCUGUCCGGCUUCCAGGCCGAUGUGCAAAAGUCCUCAGAGAAGGCAGACAAGGCCCUGGAGACUGUGCCCAGCAUAGACAGGGAAAUUCAGAAUGCUGGCGACUUGAUACGUCAGGCGGAGGAGGCCUUGGCGGGCGCCAACAAGAAUGCCAACGAGGCCAAGGACAAUGCGCAGCAGGCGCAGGAGAAGUACGCCGAGCAGGCCUCCAAGGAUGCUGAGCUGAUACGCCGCAAGGCCAAUGAGACGAAGGUCGCGGCACGCAAGCUGCGCGAUGAGGCUGACCAGCUGAAUCAUCGUGUGCGUCUAACCGAGGACAGCAUCUUCGAGCUGGAGGAGAACUCCACCAGGGACGAAAACAUGGUCGAAGAUGCCAAGCGUAAGGUUGGUCAGGCCAAGGCGGACACACAGGAUGCGCAAAAGCAAAUCGAGAAGGCCAAUGCUGAGCUGUCGGCUAUCAAGGACGAGCUGGAGAACCUCAAGGACAUCAAUACAGCUGACUUGGAUAAGCUAGAAAAUCGUCUGACUGUCGUUGAAACUGACAUCAAUCGCGUCAAUCUGACGGGACGCCUUGACAAGUAUCGUGAGCAGCGCAAUAUACAGAAGAAACUCAUCGACAAGUACGAUGCAGAGCUGAAGGAACUCUCCGGCGAGGUGGAAAAUAUACGCUUUAUAUCGGAGGCACUGCCGGCGGGUUGCUUUAGACGCAAUCGUCUGGAGCCCUAAGUAACUAAUUGCCCAGCCAGCUACCAACUACUUCAACUAACCACUAAGUACGAAGCGGAGACGAACAAAUCUGAAUUAGCUGUAGCCGUAGCUGUUGCAUGAAAUUAUGUAAUUUUAGUCCUUUAGCUGAAAUAAUUUGUUUAGUAAAGAACAAACAAAAUAUAAGAGAACACGAUCAAGCAAUCAAUAAGAAAAACACGCCCAGCUUUAAAGCAACCACGUUCGUUUAUUCAUAAAUAAAAAAUAUAUAUGUUGCCAUUAAUGUAAAAUUCCUCAACUGCCAAUUCAAGCCAUAAACGACUGUAUUAUACUACGCAUAAUAACAUUUAUUUGAAUACUGUGCCGUGUACAACUCCAAAACAAUUUCAUUUAAUUUUUGUACAACUAUCUUACAUGCCGCAUUGCAAUCUAUACUAUAUCAUAAUAUAUUUGUCUAUUACCUUAAAUGUGCCAAUUAAAAAUACUUUCUAUUGUGUAUAAGUCUCCAACAAAAAAACAAAAACAAAAAGCAAAUAAAAGUUUU